AUGUUGUUCGCACUCGUCUUCAUCUGCACUCGCCUCUGCCAAAUCGUCACCCUGAUCCCCCCCGUGGGCAUGCUCAGCUGGUUCGUCGGCAAGUUCAACGACGCAAACGUCCUCACCCCCGACGCCGUCCUCGUCCUCUUCAUCGUCACCGUCCUCGCCCUCGCCUGGUGCCUCUUCACCCUCGUCGCCUACAGCCGCUCCUCGCACAACGCCCUCUUCGUCAGCUUCGUCGACCUGUGCUUCCUCGGCGCGCUCAUCGCGGGCAUCUACUUCCUGCGCGGCAUCCAGUGGGCCGACUGUUCGGAUCCGUCGUCGGCGAAGGAGGUCUGGUACUACCGGAUCCACGAUGCGGGCAUCCCCGGGUACAGGUGGGCGCUGGAUAAGCCGUGCGCCAUGCUGAAGGCGUCGUGGGCGUUUGCGAUUAUCAACACCGUGCUGUUUGCGGUGACGGCGCUGGCGGCGCUUGCGCAUGGGGAUAGUGAUGUGAAGCCGCGGUCUUCCGGGUAUGUGGUGCGCGAGGUGCGGAGGAGCUCGCAUAGUCAUAGCGGAAGGCAUAGUCAUCGCCGGAGUCACUCGGGGACGCGCAGCCAUCACUCUGGGUACGACCGUGGGUAUCACGUAUAG